CUUAUGUACAGCGUGUAACCUCGGCUAUGGUUAUGAAAAUGAUUUUUAUAUGUUAAUUACAUGCAUAUAUAUGUGUGACGUUAUUGUCAGACAUCAUUUGUUCUUCGAUUGUUGCGUACAUUGUUGUUUCGACUUGACGACACAAUGGGUCGGUUUACGGCCCUCUGUAUGCUGGCAGUAGUCCAGCUUAGCUCCCAGUACCUUCUACCUGGUGACGUCGCACCUUCACAUUAUGAACUAAGAUUCGCGUACGACAUAGAUCCAGCCUCUAACUUCAGCUUCUUUGGCAUUGCUGAUAUCCUGGUGACAGCAAAGAAAAAUACACAGAAGAUCGUGCUCCACGCUCAAGACUUCGUAGUAGACGAUGAGAAAGUAUCGGUAACUGGCGCGAGCGAGUCUCCGAAAGUGACUGGAGUCAAACUAAACGACACCUUCAACUUCCUGACGAUAUCACUGGAUAAGGAAUUGAAGGAAAAUGAGAACUACACCAUUACGAUACCGUUCUACGGAAACCUUGUUAAAGGUUUGGACGGAGCGUAUAUUAGUUCCUAUCAGAAUAAAAAGAGCAAGGAAAUCGAGUACUUGAUAUCAACCCAGUUCGAAGCUAUAUCAGCUCGUAAGGGAUUCCCAUGCUUCGACGAGCCUAACUACAAAGCAACUUUCACCAUUAACAUCGGCCACCACAAGGACUACAACGCCGUAUCCAACAUGCCCUUGAUGAGUUCAAGUGGUACCAAUUCUCUGGAGGAUUACUGGCCAUGGGAGACUAUCGGGAAAAAGUUUAAAAAAUCCCAAUCGAACUUCGUAUGGGAUCAAUUCCACAAAUCCGUACCGAUGUCAACCUACCUGGUGGCUUACGUUGUAUCCAAGUUUUCGUACGUGGAAAGUUCACCAGAACUUUCCAGCACUAAGUUCAGAAUAUGGGCGAGGAAGGAUGCUAUUGGUCAGACUUCAUACGCUGCCCAAAUCGGUCCCAAAGUGCUGUCUUACUUCGAAAAAUGGUUCAACAUCCCGUACCCACUUCCGAAGCAAGAUAUGUUCGCCAUCCCGGACUUCUCGUCGGGUGCUAUGGAAAACUGGGGACUCAUUACUUACAGAGAAAAUGCCUUAUUGUACGAUAAAGAUGAAUCGUCUUUCUUUAACAAGGAGAGGAUCGCUGAAGUAAUAGCCCACGAACUUGCCCACCAGUGGUUCGGUAACCUGGUGACCAUGAAAUGGUGGUCAGAUCUGUGGCUGAACGAGGGUUUCGCAACCUUUAUAGCUUCGAUCGGUGUAAAUGCAGUGGAAAAGACCUGGCAUGCCGAUGUCAACUACGGUGUAGAAAACAUUCUGGCUGUUUUGAGUUUGGAUGCUUUGGAAUCUUCUCAUCCUGUAUCAGUUCCACUAGAGAACCCGACUAAGAUAUCGGAGAUCUUCGACAUAAUCUCGUACCGCAAGGGCUCAACUGUUAUCCGAAUGAUGCUCAUGUUCCUCGGGGAAGAUGUCUUCCGGAUGGCAUUGCAUAAUUACCUGACUAAGUACUCGUACUCGAACGCGGAGAAAGAUGACCUGUGGGACGAGCUAACAGCUGUUAACAGACAGUACGGCGGUCUGAGCAGGAACGUGACCGUCAAGGAGGUUAUGGACACGUGGACCACACAGACUGGGUACCCGCUGCUCACCGUCAAUAGGGACUACAGUGACCAAUCGCUCACCAUGACACAGAAACGCUACCUGUCUCUGGGUAUGGACCGAUCUGACUCGUCCUGGUGGGUGCCACUGAGCGUGCUAUGUGAGGGCGAGCCUACCCCUCAAGAGGUUCAGUGGCUAGGCAAGGGGGAGGGGGUGACGGCCGAGCACAGGUUCGAGCACGGUGCCCAACCAGACCAGUGGGUGCUGUUCAACUAUAAUAUGAUUGCACCUUACCGUAUCAACUACGACGAACGUAACUGGAAGCUACUGGCGGCCGCAUUGAACAGUGACUCGUUCGAAAACAUUCCGGUGGAGGGGCGGGUUCAACUCCUAUCGGAUGCAUUCGCACUUGCUUGGAACAACAAACUGGACUACGGCAUUACUAUGCAGCUAGCAAGCUACCUGAAGCGCGAGACCAUCUACCUGCCGUUUUAUACCGGUCUCGCGGCGCUCGGAAAGAUCGAGAAUGUGCUGAGAAGGACAUCAGACUUUGGAGCCUUCCAGAAGUUCAUGAGGAGACUUCUGACAGACAUCUUCCACAAGUCCGGGGGACUGGCUGUCAAGAAAAUCUUGAAUGGAGACGACUUAACCAGCGUUAAGUUGCAGGUGACGACGAGUUUAUGGGCGUGCAAUGUUAAGGUCCCCGGUUGUGAGGAGAACGCCAUGCAGAUGUUCCAGCAGUGGAUGGACACGGACAACCCCGAUGAGAACAACCCCACGCCCGUGGACCUGCGGCGGCCGGUGUACUGCGUGGCGCUGCGGCGCGGCGGCGUGCGCGAGUGGCGGUUCGCGCUGGCGCGGCUGCGCGCCUCCAACGUGGCCACGGCGCGCGACACGCUGCUGCACGCGCUCGCCUGCACCAGGGACGUCUGGCUGCUGGCGCAAUACCUAGAGUGGACUAUAACGGAAGGAUCAGAGAUUCGACUUCAGGACGCCGGAAGUGUCAUAAUGGCGGUCACUCGCUCCGAUGUGGGAUUCUAUGUUGCUAGAGACUUCAUAUACAACAGGAUUGGGGAUAUUUUUAAAGCUUUCCGCGAUCAAGAACGUCGUAUCGGUGGCAUCGUGAAGACUUUGUUAGCCCAGUUCACCAUUGAGAAGGAACUUGAUGAGUUCAUGUCAUGGAAAGAGAAAAACGAGAAAUACCUGUCCGGUGCGAAUAUAACCGUCGCUCAGGGUAUUGAGAGCGCUCGCGUGAACAUCGACUGGCUCAAGAAGAACAGGAAGCUAGUGGUCGACAAGCUGAGGGAAUUCUCCGUGUAAGGCAGGUUUGACCGUAGUUCCAGGGGCGUAGCGUAGGUGUCGUGUAGAAACAAAAUCAAGAAUUACUUCAAAUAGGCUUCAAAAGCACUUUUAAAAUUAAUUUUUACAAAUUACAAUUUUUUUUUUUUUUUUUUUAUUAAUU